CUGGGUUAAACAUUAAUGUAGCUGUCACUGCAACCCAGAGCAGCAAGCCUGCGUGGUGUUCCUAGACUAAGGAGUGAGAAGCAGACAUGACUCAGUUUGCACAGGUCAUGGCUGAAGUGGGCGACUUUGGUCGCUUUCAGGUGCGGGUGACCAUCCUGAUGGGCAUCCCCAAUUUCCUGUCCGCAUUCUUCGUGUUCAGCCAGGUCUUCAUGGUCCUCGAUGAGGCUCACCACUGCUCAGUGUCCUGGGUUAAGAACCACACUUUCAACUUAAGUGCUGCCGAGCAGCUGGCUGUAAGCAUACCCAACGACACAGCAGGCAGACCCGAGUCCUGCCUCAUGUUCCGGCCACCUCCUGACGGUGCCAGCCUGGAAGACAUCCUGAGCCACCGCUUCAACGAGACACAGACGUGCGACUCAGGCUGGGACUAUCCUGAGAACAGACCUCAGUCCCUAAAGAACGAGUUUGACCUGGUGUGUGAUCGGAAGAACCUGAAGAGGACCUCCCAGUCGGUGUUCAUGGCUGGACUUCUCGCUGGGGCCCUGGUCUUUGGGCCCGUCUGUGAUUGGAUUGGCCGUAGAGCCAGCAUUCUGCUGCAGCUGCUUCUGUCGGGCACCAUAGGCGUGGCCACAGCAUUCGUGCCCAGCUUUGAGCUCUACAUGGUUCUGUGCUUCUUCUCAGCCAUUGCUGUUGCAGGAUAUAUGAUGAGCACCAUGAUUCUGGUUUCAGAGUGGGUGGGGCCGUCCCGGAGAACACAGGCCAUGGUCCUGUCCCAGAGCCACUUUGCUCUUGGGCUGAUGGUGUUAGCAGGCCUGGCCUAUGGCGUCCGCAGCUGGGUCCUCAGUGACACAGUUUCCUGA